AUGAACGGCAACCAGCAAGAAACCGGCCUCCCCCCUCACUGGGAGGUCCGUCACUCCAACUCCAAGAACCUGCCCUACUACUUCAACUCCGUGGACCGCACCUCGAGGUGGGAACCCCCCGCCGGCACCGACCCCGAGAAGCUCAAGGUGUACAUGGCGACCUACCACUCGGCCAAGGCGCCUCUUCCCACCGGCGACGCCCAGUCCGGCAAGAUCAGGGCGGCGCAUUUGCUGGUCAAGCACAGGGACAGUCGCCGGGCGUCCAGCUGGAAGGAGGCCGAAAUCACCCGGUCCAAGGAGGAAGCCAUGUCGAUUAUCAAGGCACACGAGCAGAGGAUCAAGAGUGGGGAGAUCACCUUGGGGGAGUUGGCCCUGUCGGAAUCAGACUGUAGCUCGGCGCGCAAGAGGGGCGACCUGGGUUAUUUCGGACGCGGGGACAUGCAGAAGGAAUUUGAGGAUGCUGCUUUUGCGCUGCAGAAGGGAGAGAUCUCGGGGGUGGUUGACACGGCGAGUGGGUUGCACUUGAUUGAGAGACUUGAGUAG